AUGGCGGAUUCGUUUGCCAAGAUAUCGUCGAUGAUAGAGUCCGCACGGGACUUAACCAUAGAAGCGGCGGUAUCGGCAUCAUCUCGAUUAACCGAUACUCCGAGUGGACUGAGACCACAAGAGAUUUCAAAAUUAUUAAAUUCAAGAACUGAACGAGAAAUUUUAAAUGGUAUGAAAUGUGUUAUAUCAAUAAUUUCAAGAGGUGAAGAUGGUUUACCAUAUUUUGCUGAUGUUGUUAAAAAUAUUACUACUACAAAUACAAAAAUUAAAAAUUUAGUAUUAAUUUAUUUAACAAGAUAUGCUGAUAUUGAACCUGAUACAGCCUUAUUAUCAAUUAAUUCAAUUCAAAAAUCUUUAAAUGAUAAAAAUCCAAUUAAUAGAGCUAGAGCUAUUAGAUCAUUAGCAGGUAUAAAAAUUAUAUCGAUUGUUCCAAUACUUUUAUUAUGUAUUAAAAGAACAAUUAAUGAUCCAUCACCAUUAGUUAGAUCAGCAACAGCAGUUGCUAUUGGGAAAGUUUUUGAUAUUGAUAAUAGUUCAAAAAAGCAAUUACUUGAAUAUAUAAAUAAAUUAAUUGCUGAUUCUGAUCCUCAAGUUGUAUCAUCAACCAUUAAAACUUAUUAUAAAAUAAGAGAAGAAUAUAUAAAUUCUUCAAAGAUUUGGGAACCAAUUCAUGGAAAUUUUCGAAGAUUAUGUUCUUUAAUAACUCAAUUAGAUGAAUGGAGUCAAUGUUUUUUAAUAGAUAUUUUAACUGAAUAUUCUCGAAAAUUCUUACCUAAACCAAAAUUAUAUUUCAUUGGACAAGAAAAUAAAGUUAUUGAUAUGCCUGAUUUUAAUGAAAGGACAAUUAUUCUGAAUGAAUAUGAUAUAUCAUUUGAUGAUGAUUUACAAUUAUUUUUAAAUUCUUUACGAUUACUUGUUUAUUCUAGAAGUGAUUCAGUAAUACUAAGUGUUGUUAAGGCAAUUUUCUUUUUAACUCCUUCAAAAUUUCUUAUAGAAUUUGAUAUUCCUUAUGCAUUAGUUAAAUUAACUCAUACAUCAAGUUCAUCUCAAUCAGAAUCAUUUAUAUGGCAAAUUAUAUCUUAUAUUUCUGCCUUUGAUAAAAGUAUAUUUCAAUCAUUUUACAAAAGUUUUUAUGUUUUUCCAACUGAUACUACAAUUGUAGCUAAAAGUAAAUUAGAAAUUUUAUCAUCAUUAAUUGAUCAUUCUAAUAUUAAAUUUAUUCUUGAAGAAUUAAAAUAUUAUGCAUUAUAUUCUAAUAAUAAAAUGAUUUCUCGAGAAUCAAUUCGAACUAUAGGUCGUUGUGCUCAACUUUCAUCUGAUUGGAGUAUGAUUAUAUUAAAAUGGUGUUUAAAAGAAAUUCAAAAUACUUCCGGAGGAAUUUUAAAUGAAUUACUUACUGUUGUAAGAUAUUUCAUGCAACAAAAGAUUAAUUCUAAAGAAAAUAUUGAUAAUGAAAAGGAAAUUGUUGUUAAAACUUGUCAUCGUUUAUCUACUAUAAUUCAAGAUAAAAAUUUUAGUAUUGAAAGUGAUGCAAAAGCCAGUAUAAUUUGGAUUAUUGGAGAAUUUACUAAUGUAGCUGAGAAUUCUAUUGGACCAGAUGUUUUAAGAACUUUAAUUAAAUCAUUUGCUAAAGAAGAUGAAAAUGUAAGAUAUCAAAUAUUAGUAUUAGCAUCAAAGAUAUGUACAUAUGAACUUAAAUUAAUUAAAAAUGAAACUGGUAAUUUUGAUGAAAUUUAUACUGAAAGAGUAACAAAUAAUAUUAGUAUUAAAAUGUUUCAACAUGUUUUACAUUUAUCAAAAUAUGAUGAAUCAUAUGAUACAAGAGAUAGAGCAAGAAUGUUUAAUGUAUUAUUAAAUUCUGGUAAAGAUCAAAUUGAUUUAGCUUCAUUAUUCUUACAAGCUCCUAAACCAAUUCCUAUAGCUAAUGAUCCAUCAUUUAAAGAAAAAGAUUUAAUAAGAAUUUUAUCUAAAUUUUUUAGUGUAAGUGAUUGGUCAGAUGCUGAAACUUUACCAAAUUCAAAAAUAAGAACUCCAGUAGCUAUACAACAUAAUAAAUUAGAAGCAGGUAGUGGAAUUUCAUUUGUUUCUUCUGCAAAUUACAAUAGAACACCAUCUCCACUUCCAAUUUCCAAACAUGCAAUUUCUUCAGAACAGUUUCAGAAUUCAUCACACCCUCUUUCAAAUGUUUUAUCUAAUCCUUCUAUAGAAAGGGCCAAGCAGACUUAUCAACUUCAAAGUCUUGACGAUUUUUUUGGUGCAGAAGAUGAAGAUAGUGAAGAUGAUGAUGAAGAAGAAGAAGAAGAUGAGGAGUCGGAAGAAGAAUCCGAAGCGGAAGAAGAUUCCGAAGAAGAAGAGUCAGAUGUACACAGUCAAGCAGCACAAGAAGAAGAACAAUCUGAAGAGGAAUCGGAUGAAUCUGAUGAAUCUGAUGAUGAAGUGGGUCUACUUUCAAAUCAGAAACUGCAGUCUAAUGGUGAUCAUUGA